AUGUCAACGUUCUUCAGAGGCCCUAUUUGUGGAACCGACAAUUGCAGAUCACGACUAUGGAGAAUCAUCGAUGGGCGGCGGACGUGCCAAUAUGGCCAUGUCAUGGAGGGGGACGUUGAGUUCAAUGACGAUGAGGAUGAUAUCAAUAGCAUGGGGGUGGUAACAAGACGUUUGAAUCUGACAACUAAUGUCACAGGGAGCUUUCGCUCCAGUAUGAACUCGCAACUACAAAAUAGCCAGAAAAACGAUGAGUUUCCCAAAGUAUAUGGUGCAGAAGCUGACCGGCUGUUCUUAAAGUGCUUCCAGCAUAUUCUGAAGCUGCAAUGCGAGUACCUCAUCAGCUACCAAAAAUUUCCACGCGCUUUCAGAGAAUGCGUCAAGCUUAUGUGGAUGAACUUACUGAAGGACAUGGGCAAGGAUGGAAUCACGAACGUCUCAUCUACCAAGUCUGCACAAGGAGCAGCUCAAAAGAGUGACAAGCUAGGGCUCUCGCUUUUAUCGUCCGUGACUCUCCUUUACUUGGCAGGUGCAUACUUAAAGCUUCCUGUCUUUUGGUUCGAUUUCUUAGGUUGGAUUUGCUCCAUGAAGCUGCUAUACUUUCAGGCAAAUAAACAUUUGCCGGAAUUGUGGCGAAGGCAACUACCUAAUUUUUAUUUGCAAGUAUUAGAGGGCGGCAGAGCACCGUCUAAUGCCCAUUUUUAUCACAAGUUAGCACAUAUGUGCAGCCGUCUUGAUGCACCAUCUACCUUUGGCACUAGAAUCGCAAUAGAGCCCCUUCUAGUCAAGCUUCUGCUGAGAUUGAGGCUACCUCCACAUUUGUUCUUCCACGUUGUGCAGUUAGUACGGAUAUGUGAGGAUAAAAGUUCUCACUAUACUUUCGCGCUUAACGGUAAUUCUCGGUCUCGUGUAAAUAAGCUAUAUGAGCAUGCAGAGAUCAGAAUGAUUGGGUAUUUCAUUUUGUGCUUAAGAUAUAAGUUGUUGCAGGAGGACGAAUUUUUGACUCGCUAUUGCAUAGCAUGGUUAAAACAGGACCACCUCGGGUGUGGAGACGACAUCUUAACAUCACUGUCGUACACACCUGUUACUUUGGAAACCUGGAAUGAUAGAAGCACAGAGCAUUAUCUGCAUUGGAUGGAAAAGCAUUACCUUCCUGCAAGCACGGUUGGAUUUGGUGACACUCAAACUAUAGAUCAACGUAUUGCUAACAGAAAGCUCCAUGUAAUGUUCCCUCUCAAAGCAGAGAAUAGUGCACGGUUAAAUCCAAGUGUAACAUUCGUGAAUGAAUCACAGGACGCCUACCUGACAAUAAUUGAUGCUUUGCAAAACAUUUCGAAAGCUGGUGAGCUUCAGGAAGACAGCAAAAGUUUAGCGUCACGAGUCGAGGAAAGGCUGGUUGAUUUUUUCUCCAACCUCAUUGCUGUAUCUCACGCUCAGUUGAAUGGAUGUGUGUCAUAUUUACAUCGUUCGGCGAUGCGACAAAACCCUCAAUUCCGGAAGGGACGACACUCAAAGAGUUUUCGUUAG